AUGUUUGGUAUACCAAUUCAAAACCGUGGCAGUAAUGAUAAUUUGGAAAAGCUUGGAUCAUUCCCAACAAAAAGCACCAAACAACAAAAUACGAUCCAAUCCUUACAUCAAACUCCAAAACCCUCUCCCUUAACACUGAACAAAUUAAGGCUCAAAAAGAGGGUUAGUAAACAUCAUGAGGAGAGUCUAUGUAAAUUUAUUGAUGAUGUCAACGAAUGUGAGGAAUUAUCGGAUGAAGAUAAAUUUGAAAUUCUUAUCAAACAAUUAACCCAAUACCUAUCCAACAUGGGUCAACAAUUGCAGGAAAAGAAACAUUUUAAUCACAUCCUCGAUUCAACCCCUUUCCGAAAAUCCGAGGUUGAUUCCUUUUGUUGCGCUUUGGGUAUAUAUCUUUCAAGUUUUGAUCAAAACUUGAAACAUCAUGAAUUAUUCGAAGAAUCAAUUUUUCAACAAUUGUCUGUACUAGCAACGAAAAUGGAAGAGGAAUCAUCAAACGUUACAAAUGACAAAUCAUUGGAUAUUUUGCUGGAACAAAUAUCAGAUUCCCUUCCUCGUAGCAGCAAAAAAUCGCUUCUUGGAGUUUUGAGCAGUGUGUUUCAGUUUGUUAGUGAUUGUUUGAAUGAGGAAACAACAAAGAAUGACAUUUCUAUCUCAUUUCAUUCCAUAAUGAAAAACUUAAUCUCCAUGACUGAUUCAAAAUAUCAUUGCCAAGGUGGAUGGCCUUUCCAAAACUUUUACAUAUCAAUUGAUGGUUGUGCUCAAUCUUUUGGAAAGAACUAUUUCUUUUCUCAAGUUAGAUCAGAUGAUGAGGAUGAUUGGGAAAAUUUAGGAUCCGAUCUUUUCAAAACUUUAAUAGUCAUGAAAAGUUCUUUGGUAAAUAAUUUAAUGAAUUCCAAUAUUUCCAUGGACGAGGUCGAAAACAAAACAAAGAAUAUGGCUCUAAUUGUAAAUAAGGCCAAAAUUCAUUUACUUAUCUUGGAUGCAUGUCCCUUCAAAACUUGCACACCAGGAAGAGAUGAGGACUCUGAGACUUUAACAGAAUCCACUGUAUUUAUUAAGAAUUAUCGGUUGUAUCAUAAGGAAUUCAGCUCUACAGAUUUAGAUUCCAUUUUAUUGUUAAUAUCUGUUCUUUCAACGAGACUAGCCCUUUAUAGCCCUAUCAGAAAGGCCAACCAAAACGAAAAAGAAAAAACAGAUUUUGCCAUCGAAUCGUCCAUUGAAUAUCAACACUCAAAGACAAAACACAAUUUAACAUCAACUUUUUCCACAGAAACAACAAGUAUUUUGUUCAACAGAAAAGUGUUGAAAUAUAUUGGUGAAUCUAAUAACAAUUCUACAAUGUAUUCCAUUGCAAGCAAUACAAUACUAAAACAAUUGACAAAGAAUGAGAAAUACAUAAUUGGCCUACUUCUUUCUCAUUCUGAUUAUUCCAAACAAUUACCAUUCAUAUUAUUCAAUAACAAUAUAUACUGUGAAAUGGAGUCUCUAGAAAAUAUUGAACAAGAUCUAAUAUGGGAUGAAACUACACCCAUGUUCAAACCACCAGAAAUUGAUGGAUGUAAAUAUUUUGACGAAAAGGCAGAUAUUUUUUCGCUUGGAGCUACUGUUUUGUACUUGAUGAAUCCAAAAGUUUUCACAGAUUUUUAUGAAAGUGCCACAUCCAGAAAUCCUCAAUGUAAAGUCUCUGAUUGGGGACCACUUGUUGCAAAACUUACAGCAACCAUGAGUUUAGAGCUGAGAGCCAUUCUAAUGGCCAUGGUUGAUCCUGUCAUGCAUGACAGACCUUCUGCUUCUGAUCUUGAAUCUGAAUUAAGACAAUACCUGAAUUCUUGUAAAAUAUAA